AAUCUUUUUGAUUACGAGCUACGCGAUUUCUCUGGUUUUCACUGGUUAAACGCGACACCUGCAAAGGGUUUCUAAAUCCCCGUGCGAACACGCACUCGGUGUCGUUCGGAAAUUAGAAAGAAUGCUCCAUUCCCAAGCCCCGCUCACUUAUUGUGAAUAAAUUGCGUGAUAACGGAACAUUUCCUUCAGUAGAGAGCUAUCAUAAGACCGUUGACGCGCGGAGCGCUAACAUGUCACGAUCGAGCGCAGAAAAUCAUAUAGAAAGAAGUAAGAAACAGAAUCAGGACAGAGGAUACAUGGAGCACCUGAAGCACACCGGUUUAGUCAGUGAAAGUGUUCCCGAUGUUCGCGUGCUUGUUAUUUAUACCGGUGGCACCAUAGGAAUGAUGAGGAACGAAAAAGGAGUCCUGGUACCGAAGGCUAACGCGUUCGUGAAAAAACUACGCAAUUAUCCGCAUAUCCAUGACCGCGAAUACGCAGACAAACGAUUUGGACCGAUGGGACCAUUGGUACUUCCGAUCAACCGUACAGAUAAUAAGCGUGUUAUUUGCACCGUGUUGGAGUACACACCGCUCUGCGACUCCAGUGACAUGACUAUGGAUGGUUGGAUUCGUAUCGCAAACGAUAUCAAACAAUCGUACGAAUACUUUGAUGGAUUCGUCGUUUUACACGGAACGGACACGUUGACUUACACGGCUUCCGCUCUGUCCUUCAUGCUCGAAUCUCUGGGGAAGAUCGUGAUCUUAACCGGCUCGCAGCUCUCGAUUUUCGACUCGAGAAGCGACGGCCUCGAUAAUUUUUUAACGUCUCUGAUGAUAGCCGGGAAUUACAAUAUACCGGAAGUGUGCGUGUACUUCGGGACCAAAUUGAUGAGGGGGAACAGAACAAGCAAACUGUCGACGAACGCGUUUGAGGCGUUCCACUCGCCGAAUUAUCCGCCUUUGGCUAAAGCUAACAUCAAGAUCGAUGUGGACUAUCGGUCGAUAUUCAGGCCGUGCACGAUAGAAAAAUUUCACACCUACGCGUCCUUGAACAGAAACGUGGGCAUGCUUCGAAUAUUUCCAAGUAUAACCAUGGAGCUCGUAAGAGUAUUCUUGCAGCCACCGAUAGAAGGGGUCGUACUACAGUCAUACGGAGCGGGGAACGUUCCGAUGAACCGGGAGGAUUUGUUUAAAGAAUUAGAGGCUGCCACGAAACGAGGCAUCGUCAUAGUCAAUAUCACCCAAUGUUCGACCGGUUGUGUUUCCGCUUCGUACGAAUCUGGCAAAUUGUUAGAAGAGGCUGGCGUGAUAUCUGGCGCUGAUAUGACGCCGGAGGCUGCGUUGACCAAACUCGCUUAUGUAUUGUCGAGGCAAGACUGGGACGUAGCAACAAAACGUGAAAUGAUGCAAACGAAUUUGCGCGGGGAAUUGACUGGCGGUCGGCCGCAGUCCCUCGACGAUCUGGAUUUAGUAGAAGCAGUUGCGAGGUCAUUGAGGACCUCCUCUGCGGCUGAACUCGAGGAACUGGGAUCAAUUCUGUUCCCUGCGAUGUUAAAUGCUGCUGUGAAGAAUCACGACAUAGCGAAGCUGGAAGCCUUAAAAGUAUACGGUGCGAAUAUCUCGCAACAGAAUGCGGAUGGCCGGACGGUGCUGCACGUGGCUUGCUGCGAAGGUGACGUGAACAUCGUACGACGUCUCUUACGAAACGGCGCCAGUAUUCAUAUAAAGGAUCGAUUCAAUCGUACGCCUCUCACCGAUGCGAUAGAAUUCGAUCAUCACGAGAUAAUUCAGAUUUUGAUGCAAUGCGGUGCACACUUGCACGAGAACGCGUACAUGAUAGGAGAAAGGAUGUGCCUCGCUGCGACCACCGGGAACGUGAAACGUUUAAAAUCUUAUCACUUGGCAAAAGGAGAUUUAUCACAAAAAGAUUUUUCCGGGCGGACGCCGUUGCACUUAGCGGCACUCCAUGGCAAACUGGAGGCAAUGAAAUUCUUAUUAGAAUGCGGCGUGGACACGGAGUGCUUCGACGCGACUGGUCGAUCUCCUUACGACUUCGCCGAAAUCUCAGGUUCACCGGAAGCGAUGUCCCUUUUGUCGUCGUCCAGUUCGAAAAACAAUAAGAGACAAUAAAAGAAUGAAAAUGGAAACUGAAUUAUGAAAGAGUUCUUAAUUGAAUAAUAAAUUUAUAAUUAGUGUCGUAAGAUUUGUCGGACUGAUUGAAAUGCUGUACCGACGACGCUAAUGAUUAAAUACGCGCUUACACGCGUAAGAUAUUUCGGACAAUGGUUAACAAAAAAGCGAAAGUCUGAAAUGGCAGGUCAGUGAUUAUCAGUGGAAGCCAUGCACGCGAAGACGUUUCACACCACGCGAGUUCAGAUAAUGACGUGAAAUCUCCUUGACCGGUGCGAACUGUCAGCUCCCUGUAUGUACAAAUACACAAAUAUGUUCUUUGUAACAUAAAUUAUGUAUUACAUUUUUAGUACAAAAAUAAAUUCUAUCUUGUCUGUACAA